CGCCCGGGGAUGGGAGGAGGAAAACCUCCCGCCGUCCCUUUAACAGCCAGCGGCGCUGCUCGGAGUUCAGGCCGGGGUCAGGGGGAGUUCGCAGCCCGGGUUUCACCUCCGAGCUGGCGGCGUCGGGAACCCCGAGGAACCGUCGCUACUUCUUCCACCUCCUCCUCCUCCUCCUCCCGUUCCGUAGGACCGGCCGGGAGCGCGGGGUAUGGAGGAACAGCAGCACCAGAAGAGGAGGAGGGUGGAGGGGAACAGCAACCGGCGGCGGCCCCCCCGGGGCUGAGCCAUGAGAGUUCACCGAGACCUCGGCUGGUUGGCGGAGGCCACCGGGCGCCCAGGGCGGCGGGCGAGGAGCGGGAUGCUGGACGCCAUGGAGGUGCCGAGCCACUCGCGGCAGCUGCUGCUGCAGCUGAACACGCAGCGCACCAAGGGCUUCCUGUGCGACGUGAUCAUCGUGGUGCAGAACGCGCUCUUCCGCGCGCACAAGAACAUCCUGGCGGCCAGCAGCGCUUACCUCAAGUCGCUGGUGGUGCACGACAACCUGCUCAACCUGGACCAUGAGAUGGUGAGCCCCGGCAUCUUUCGCCUCAUCCUCGACUUCAUCUACACCGGCCGCCUGGCUGAGUGCGAGCCGGGCAGCGAGCAGAGCCUGGGCGCCGUGCUGGCCGCCGCCAGCUACCUCCAGAUCCCCGGCUUGGUGGCCCUUUGCAAGAAGAAGCUGAAACGCAGUGGCAAGUACUGCCACCUGCGCGGGGGCUAUGCGCCCUACAAGCUGGGCCGGGGGCUGCGCGCCACCACGCCAGUCAUCCAGGCCUGCUACUCGGGGACGCCGCGGCCCGUGGACCUGCCGCCCGUGGAGCCGGCGCCGCCGCUCAACACACAAUGCGGGGAGCUGUACGCCUCGGCCGCCCAGGGCGCCCCGCUGCACCCCCAUGGGCUGUGCCCCCCCGAGCGUCACUGCUCGCCGCCCUGCGGCCUCGACCUCUCCAAGAAGAGCCCCACCGGCCCCUCCACCCAGCUCCUGCCCACUGACCGCCUGCUGCCUGGCGAGCCCCGUGAGCCCUCGCUUCCCCCACGGCACGACAGCCCCCCCGUCAGCGCUGGCCUCCUGGCUGGCCACCCCGCCGCCUACAAGGAUUCCCCGCCGGGCGGCGAGCCAGGGGGGCACCCCCAUGUCCCCGACCCCUUCCGCAGCACGCCACCCUGCGCCGAGCCCCCACUGCCCCGUGCUGACGGGCGCGAGCUGAUGUACCGCUGGAUGAAGCACGAGCCCCUGGGCCCCUACCUGGACGAGGGGGAGGCAGAGAAGGAGCUGGAGCGGGAGGAAAAGGCCGAGUCGCCGCCCACAGCGCCGCAGCCCCGCUACCCCAGCGUGGAAAGCAACGACCUGGAGCCCGAUAACAGCACCAGCGAGGAGACGGGCAGCAGCGAGGGCCCCUCGCCCGGCGAUGCACUGGACCGCUACUGCAACCACCUGGGCUACGAGCCGGAGAGCCUGGGCGACAACUUAUACGUCUGCAUCCCCUGUGGCAAGGGCUUCCCCAGCUCCGAGCAGCUCAAUGCCCACGUGGAGGCCCACAACGAAGAGGAGCUCUAUCACAAGGCAGCGGCCGAGCAGGCCGUGCCCUUCCUGGACAAGGGUGGCCCGGGGCUGGGUGACAUCCUGCGGCCCUACCGCUGCUCCUCCUGCGACAAGUCCUACAAGGACCCGGCCACGCUGCGGCAGCAUGAGAAGACGCACUGGCUGACGCGCCCCUACCCCUGCACCAUCUGCGGCAAGAAGUUCACGCAACGCGGCACCAUGACCCGCCACAUGCGCAGCCAUCUCGGCCUCAAGCCCUUUGCCUGCGACGCCUGCGGGAUGCGCUUCACCCGCCAGUACCGCCUGACCGAGCACAUGCGCAUCCAUUCAGGCGAGAAGCCCUACGAGUGCCAGGUGUGCGGUGGGAAGUUCGCCCAGCAGCGCAACCUCAUCAGCCACAUGAAGAUGCACGCGGCUGGCCCUGACGGCAAAGCCAAGCUGGACUUCCCCGACAGCGUCUACGCCAUGGCCCGCCUCACCGCCGACCAGCUGGGGCUCAAGCAGGAGAAGGCGGCCGAGCUGCUCUCCCACACCUCGCACUUCCUCAGCGACCCCAAGGCCAUGGAGAGCCUCUACCCACUGGCCAAGUUCACGGCCGAGCACCUGGGGCUGAGCCAGGACAAGGCGGCCGAGGUGCUGGCGCAGGCUCCGCACCUCCAUGCCGAGGCUGCCCGGACCAUAGAGCGAUACUCGCCCCCCUAGCACCGGCCUGGCUGGGGGGCAUGGGGGGCUGCCAGGCUCCCCUUGCUGCCCAGUGUGGAGCUGGGGGGGGGCGUGGCGAGAGGUGGUGGGUGCUCAUCCCCCGGCGCUGCCGACGGCCCUGGAGAACUUGCUCGUAGCGGAAGGUCCCAUGAGAGCUGCCCCGGGAUGGCUGGACGGCGUGUCCCGCCACGAGCGCCCCGGCUUGCCCGGGAGAAGCUGGUAAUUCAGGGACUGACCUCGCAGUGCAGCUGCCCCCCGGCCAGGGGGGCUGCCAGGGUGCCCCCCCAUCCCGGCACGGGGCCGGGAGCGAAGCACAAGCUGUGAGGCUGGGCUGCGCCCCGAGGCUUUGGAGGACAUGAGCCCGCUCCUUACCUCAGGCCUGUCCCCGGUGCUGCCCCCCGGGUGAGGGGAUGCCCUUGGCAGCUGCCCAGUCACCCCAACCCCAUGGUGGGAGCCACUGGUGCGUUGGGACCCGGACUGUGCCGCCUGGACCGCCGUGGGACCGUGAGUAGCUCAUCCGUGGCAGCCAGAGCGAUGCUUCUGAGCUGCCGUCCCCACCGAGAGCGGCAAGUGGGGCUGGGGGGUUGCGUGGUGGCCGGACCCCCCCCGGGGCCACGCUGGGAGCUCGGGGAAAGACUGACAGAGCAGGACGGUGGAGUCUGAGCUGCGGGCGCAGGGCAGCGGGGCGGGGGUCGUGUCCGUGCCACGGGGGGGAGGCUGGGAUAUCUCGAUGCUCCUCGCCCCGGAGCCAGCACUGACCUCCCGGCCUGAACCCCGUGGCCCGGGCAGCGGCACCCUGUUUUCAGGAGGUGGGGCAGGGUCUGUCACAGACUGAGCCCCUGGGCCCUGCCCCAGAGGCGCCUCGCCAUCAGGGAUGCCCGGGGAGCCCUGGGGGGUUCAGGGACCCGGUGGCUUUGCCCUCGGGUGGCCUCUUGCCUCGAUUUUUUUUUUUUUUUUUUUUUUUUUUUUUUUUGGCCAAAGAUACCCGUCCCCAGCGUGGCCAGGCCGGGCCAGGGAGUUCAUGACAAAGACAAAGCAGUCUGGUUUGUCAGCUAUGGGGCGGUGGGCAGGGGCUGCGGGAGGGGCUGGGGGCAGGGAGCCGAGGGAGGCGUGGGGGCUGCCCUGGGCUGGGCUGUGGUAACCUGGGGCUGAGUCCCCCACUGGGGCACCCCCUGCCACCACCGCACCUCCUCUCCCGCCUUCUGCUCGGUGUGGGCAAAGCCCCCCCCCCCCCCCGACCCCCCCAGCCUGUGCCCUGACCCCUCUGCCUGGGGCUAAUGUGAAGCUUCCCCCCUCCCUCAGCCCCCUCCUCUCCUUUGCACACGAGGCCCCCGGGGCAGCCGCCAGCAGCGACUGUCCCCGGCCUCGCCGCCACUGUGCCUUAGCCUGAGCUGGCCGCUCCUGCCCAGGUGCCCCCCUUGCCCCCCCGGCCUUGCCCGGGUCUCCCACCGGGGGUCCCCAGGGCUGGCAGCGUCCCUCCGGAGGGCUGCCGUGGGGCGAGCGGCAGCAGCACCCAAAGCACAGCUGGCAGCACCCAGCGGGGCCGCCGGCCCCCUCUGUAUCACGUCCGAUUUGUACACGGGCUCCUCGCCCCCCUUUUUUUUUUCUAUAGUGGAAACCGAACGAGCAAUAAAGUGACAUUAACGUG